AUGGUCGUCAUCGUAACCCUAUCGAUCAUGUCUUUUGUCAUCGCUUUAGACGCCACCGUCAUCGUCACCUCCCUCUCGUCCGUUAUACAAGACAUUGGCGGAACAUCUACACAGGCUUUCUGGGUAGGCACUGCGUACUUGAUCUCAUGCGCUACUGUCAUGCCGUUGCUGGCAUCGCUCAGUGACAUCUUCGGGCGGCCUGUCAUUUUGAUCGGCAGCUUGGUGAUUUUUACCACUGGUACAAUUUUGUGCUGCGUUGCUGAAAGUAUUGGACCCUUGCUUGGCGGCCGUGUGGUCCAGGGCAUCGGCGCUGGCGGGAUGUAUGUGCUCAGCUUGGUGGUCUUCACCGACAUUGUGCCCCUUCUCCACAGGCCCAAGUAUUAUGGCAUUAUACAGCUAGCGUGGGCAGUUGGUUCGCUUGUUGGUCCCGUCAUCGGGGGCGCCAUCGCCGAGCACACCACGUGGCGGUGGAUCUUCUACAUCAACUUCCCCAUCUGUGCAUACUCCCUCAUCGCCGUGCCCGUUCUUUUAACCCUGAAGCCUCCUACACGCACGUUUGCCGAAAAGCUUCAACUUGUCGACUGGCUGGGCGGUUUUCUCUUCAUCGGCUCUAUGGUGACGUUCCUGGUCGGUCUCUCCUGGGGUGGCAAUGACUUUCCUUGGCGCAGUGCACAGACUCUCGUGCCGGUUUUCAUUGGCGCCGCCGGAUUGAUGA